AUGGACGAAAACCUUCCAGCUCACGUCGAGCUCCUCGCAGAGCUAGCAGGCCACGACGAUCGCGCCUGGCAUGUUGCAUGGAAUCCCGCGAGACCGAUCCUCGCGUCCUGCUCAGCAGACAAGACUGUUCGACUCUACAACUACGAUGUCGCUGAACCAUCAGAAGGCAGCACACAGCCAGCCGUGACUUUUUCGCACACCACCACCAUCCCGACUGGUCAUACUAAGACAGUACGCGCAAUUGCGUGGUCUCCAUCUGGAAGGUCGCUCGCCACUGCGUCGUUUGACUCGAACAUCGGGAUAUGGGAGCAGGAGGGAGGCGAGGGGGAAGAACCCAGAGUAGACGCGGAAUGGGAGUGCAUGAGUCUGUUGGAGGGCCAUGAGACGGAAUGCAAGAGUGUCGCGUACUCCAGCGCGGGGAACCUCCUCGCGAGCUGUAGCAGGGACAAGACGGUAUGGGUAUGGGAAGUGCAUCCCGAUGCUGACUUCGAAUGCAUGGGCGUGCUCAUGGAGCACUCUCAGGACGUCAAGUGUGUUGCCUGGCACCCCACAGAGGAGAUUCUCGCCUCCGCAUCCUAUGACGAUACCAUCAAACUAUACAUAGAUGACCCGUCCGAGGACUGGUACUGCUUCGCGACGCUGACGGGACACGAAUCCACCGUUUGGUCGCUCGCCUUCUCGCCAGAUGGCCGAUUUCUUGCAUCGGGCUCUGAUGACACAACCGUGCGCAUCUGGGAGCGCGUGCAGGAGCAUAAGUGGGAGUGUGUGGCGGUCCUGGGCGGACACGAGCGUAGUGUCUACUCCGUCAGCUGGGGAAGAGGCAAAAGCAGCGAGGAGGGCGCGCUCGGAUGGCUGGCGAGCACUGGUGGCGAUGGAAUGGUGGUUGUGCGGCAGAUGAGCGUAAUCCCACCGGCGACCCUGGGUGGCAAGAGCACCAUAGCGCACAAGGUGAUUGCGCGCGUCUCGUCUGCACAUGGCGUCUCGGAUGUGAACAGUGUCGUUUGGUGUCCGCGCAAGGGUUUGGAGAAUAUCUUCGCGACGGCCGGCGACGAAGGCUUAGUCAAGGUAUGGAGAGUUGUCACAAGCUGA